AUGGGCGGCCCCAGCCACGAUUCUUCCGAUUUCUUCACCGACAAAUCGGCAAAAAUCUUCGUGGCGGGCCACCGCGGUCUAGUCGGCUCCGCAAUUGUACGCAAGCUACAAUCCUUCGGCUUCACCAAUCUCGUCCUUCGGUCCCACUCCGAGCUCGAUCUCACUCGCCAAUCUGACGUGGACUCCUUCUUCGCUGCCGAGAAGCCCCAAUUUGUAAUCCUAGCCGCCGCUAAAGUCGGUGGAAUCCACGCUAACAAUACUUACCCUGCCGAUUUCAUUGCCAUAAAUCUCCAGAUCCAAACUAAUGUGAUUGACUCCUCAUUUCGCCACGGAGUUAAGAAAUUGUUAUUUUUGGGAUCUUCUUGUAUUUACCCUAAGCUAGCACCGCAGCCUAUUCCUGAAAAUGCACUGCUUACUGGGCCUUUAGAGCCUACGAACGAGUGGUACGCGAUUGCCAAGAUUAGUGGGAUUAAAAUGUGUCAGGCUUAUAGGAUUCAGUAUAAUUGGGAUGCUAUUUCUGGAAUGCCGACAAAUUUGUAUGGUCCAAAUGAUAAUUUUCAUCCGGAAAAUUCUCAUGUUUUGCCGGCAUUGAUGAGGAGGUUUCACGAGGCGAAGGUGAAUCAGGCGAAUGAAGUGGUGGUUUGGGGAACUGGGAGUCCGUUGAGGGAGUUUUUGCAUGUUGAUGAUUUGGCUGAUGCGGUGGUGUUUUUGAUGGAGAAGUAUAGUGGGUUGGAGCAUUUAAAUGUGGGGAGUGGCAAGGAGGUUACUAUAAAGGAGUUGGCAGAGUUAGUGAAGGAGGUUGUAGGGUUUGAAGGGGAGCUUGUUUGGGAUACAUCGAAGCCAGAUGGGACUCCGAGGAAGUUAAUGGAUAGUUCUAAGUUGUUGGGAUUGGGUUGGACGCCAAAGAUUUCGCUUAAGGAUGGACUUGUUGAUACUUAUAAGUGGUAUGUGGAGAAUGUCGUAAAGCAAUGA